ACGGUAAUGGCGAACCCCAUAUGGAUGUGAAGAACGGGGCCCUAACAUGUCGUGUGAAGGGGGACUGGUUGGGCAAAAACAUGGCGGCCCCCAUGGAAUACCACAUGAAAGUCGGUUGGAUGUAAACAUUGGACUAGACGAUACUUUUAGGGUUAAAAACGAAGAAUUGAACACAAUCCAGCCUACAGAAGAUAGUCAGAUAAUUCAAGAUGGCGUCGGAAUCGACGGGAAAAAUGUCGCCGAAGAUAACUUGCAUUUUUUGUCGGCUGAUGAUGAUUUGGAUAGUUACGAGAGAGCUGUCGUUGAAAAUAAUGCCGAAUGGUUGAAAUCACGUUGUAGAAAUUUAGAAACGGUUGACUUUGAUAUUACUAGCAGCAAUCAGGAUGACGCCAGUGUUGGGGACUUGUUUGACAGCGACCCACUGCCUGACGAUGGAACGAUGGUGCUGCCAGAGGCUGACAGUGCGACCAUUCCUCUUUCGGAUGGAGAGCUUAAUUUUACUCGUCAACUUUGUGAGGGACAAACGAGCAGCUUAGCUGUUCCAUCCAUAUGUGUAUCAAAUGUAAGCAUGCUUCAGACACAGCACCGAGAUGCACUGGAUGACCUCACAAACCCUAACAUGGGGACAGAAGGCAAGCAGCUUAACGUGGAAAAUCUGGGUUUACAGUUGGACUCAGAUAGAAACAAUACUUUGAUGACUCCCCAGGAAUUAGAAAGCAUGCCUGAUAGAGGCAUCGAAUUUGAGGAGUCAGUUGGACCUAAAAGUGAUGCUAUUCAAAUAGUUCAUAUAGAAGAUGGAUCAACUUUAAAAGACAUUGGAAAUGAAUUUGGAAAGUGUCAGUUAACACAAUCAUUGACAACUAUGUUAGAUGGUAAAAAUAAGCUGAUUGACACAUCAGUUUUGAACAGGGCUAAUGUUGAAACCUCAAAUCAAAGUGUGUCUGUUGUGCAGAAAUCUGGGGAAUCCGGGACAUCCUUGUCGCAGCAGCAUAUUGUGGCACCUGCCGAGGCAUAUGUUCCGUCAGACGGCAACCUUAAACUUGCAACAAUAUCUAUAUCUACAGACAAAAUGUCCAAUUCUACCCAAAUUCUAGUCAACACAAACCAGGGUCAACAGCUAUACCACAUAAACACGGCAGAUCUGACACAAGCCACGAAUGCAUUGGAGCCACUGUCUCGGCCAAAUGCACUGCAGCAUGUUGUUACUGACCCUAGUCAGAUUAAGACGCCCCAGCAGAUGGACAGUAAUGUUGUAGCUCCAGUCCAAACAGGCUAUUUGAUUCUGCCCACAUCUGACUAUGAGAAACUGAACUUGCAGAAUGGAAUCCUCAUGUCAUCUCCGCUGGGAACUAUCAGUGGUAACGUCAUCCAACAGGCACCUCAGAUUCACUUACAACAGCUACCAGAUGUCCAUAUGGGUUCCAUGGCAGGUCAAGGAGCACCCAGAAAGUACUAUAUGUGUGGGGAAAGGGGAUGUGAGAAGAUCUUCAAGAAGCUGUCCAAAUUCAGAGUCCAUCAAAUGAGACAUACUGGAGAAAGGCCAUUUAAAUGUUCAAAGCCAGGCUGUGAAUGGGCAUUUACAACGCUGUAUAAAUUGAAGCGGCAUGGGGAAUCUCAUCAGGGGAAAAAGGAUUAUAUUUGUGAUUUUGAAGGCUGUGAUAAGAAGUUUACCACUGUGUAUAACCUGAACUCCCAUAGACGACUCCACGAACGUCCGUGUGUGGAGGUGUGUACAGAGGAAGGAUGUGAUGAGAAAUUUGCCACCAAGAGACAACUUGACCUCCAUAUGAAGUGCCACAGCGGUAUGGAGAAAACUUACAAGUGUCCUGUAGAGGGAUGUGACAAGACUUUCUUCUCUGCCCAUUGUAUGGGCUCUCAUCCCCGAGUCCAUACACAGGAGCGUGAAGACCUUACUUGCAAGUUUGAAGGGUGUGGCAAAGUCUUUGACAAGAUAUGUAGGCUGAAACAGCAUAUGAGGAGUCACACGGGGGAAAAACCUUACAUUUGCCGAUAUGAGGGAUGUGGCUGGGCAUUUGCAACAGCCAGUAAGCUAAAACGUCACCAGGCAAAACACACUGGCUUGAGGAAAUUUGUGUGCCAACAGUGUAAUAAGGGUUUCAUGCGGGCAGAGCAUCUCAAGGGCCACAUGAUGACACACUCAGGAGAGAAGCCCUAUGCCUGUCCUGUUGAAGGUUGCACAGUAAAAUUCACUGCAAAAAGCAGCUUAUAUGUCCACAUGAAGAAACAUGAACAGUCGGAGGAGAAAAUCAUUUAUCACUGUCCCAUGGAUGGAUGCCAAAAGAAAUAUUCCAACAAGGUCACACUACGUCAGCACAUUGUCAAACAACACAUUUCAGCAAACAGUGAUGUCUCACAAAUGGACUUCACCACUCUUCUCAUUGGAGGCUUUCAGACGGACGAAGAAAUGGCUGAGGCUCAAGCAGCCAUUGCUGUUUCUUCCGUCAGUAAUGCUAUGCCUAAUGACAGCCUAGAAUCUCCAAACACAAUACUCAUUGACCCAUCAGAAUUCAUCACAUCAACUACCACAGUAUCCAGUGCUGAAGAUGAGCCGGGGACCAUGCAACAGAUUAGUCCUGCUGUGUUGAAUCAACUUUUAUCUUCUGUCGACCAGCCAACUACAUCCUCAGACCAGCAUCAGGAGAGCUCCCCUAAAAUACAGAUAGCCAUGUCUUCUGAAGCAGAAUCUUCAGCUGGCCGGGUCCUACAGGAAAACAACAGUGGUUCAGCCAGAACAGACUUCCGUAGCAACCAUCUGUUGAGUGACAGAGCGCGGAAGCGACGGCAGCUGUUACGGGAGAAAGUGUCCUCAGUAGGAGUGGACCAGUCCUCAUUCCAAGAUACAACAAAUGAACAACAGAGUAAUUUUAAUGUGCCAACUUCCACAAUGUCGUACUCAUCAUCAAACAGCAUGACAUCAAGGGGGAUAACUUUCCGUGACCCUGAAACUGGUGUUUUAUAUGUACAGACCCAACUGUUACAGGAUGACCCCCCGACCCCUGACCUUUACUCUGAAGAGACUGCCUUAGGAUCUGACCUUUCAUCGCUCAAUGAAACAUCUGGAAGUGACAUUAGUGAGCAUACCCUACAAACAGUGGAGUUUGUUACAGGCUCAACAAUCAACCUACAGGAUCUGGAGUAGCUAAAACUGCAUCAACAAUCCAGAAUAUAUUAUGUAACUCUUUGCUCAGCACGGACUAGUAAAGCAGAGGGAAAAUUAAAUUAUCACAACUCAGCAAUCAACAUUACACAGUUUUAUCAAAUAUCUCAGAAUUCUAAACUGAACUUCACUUGAGCAUGGGUUUAAUGCUAGAUAGAUACAGCUAAAUCUAAAGUUAACUUCUAUUGUUUUAUGAUCAGCAAAUUAUAUGAUACAAAUUGUAUAACAUAUUUCUUCAUUGCUUCAGAAAUAAUCAUGUUAUUAAAUAUGAACCUGAUAGAUACAGCAGAUUAUGCAUUUAUCAAAAAUCAAAUUGCUUUAAAACAAGUUUUUAUCAUUGAUUGAUAAUAAUUGUUGGUCUUGCAAUUUGAAGUCUUCACUGUUUUUUACUAUUAUUGUAUCUCGCUGAAGCUCCAAAGCUUUAACAUUUUGUACCUUUUUGUACUACUCUUCUCUACCUUUAUGGAAUAUGUCAUGACCAUGGAAGGCUUGGUCGAUAUUCACAGUGAAUCCAGAUGUAACAACCUGACGGAUUUAAUACCUGGCUGAUACCUGUCUUUUAUUUUAAAAGAUUUCAAAGGAGUUGCAUCCUUUUAUCUUUAUCAAGAACACGUUUAAGCAUGACUGUUAGCUCUUCCCAGACAAGUUAUUCCAAAAAGGUUCAACCAUUUGACUGGGAUUUACUUUUUCUCUCUAUUGCAGUUGAUAGGUUUUCUCAUGUUGUGAAGCCAUCCGAUUUUCCAUCAGUCGAUAGGUCAAAAAAGUUUUAGGAAACCUUGACGGUAGGGAAGGUUAACUUGUAUCAUCACAUGGUGACUUGAACAGAGCCUUAUAUUUUUAUCAUGAUAUUAAAAUACUCCUCAAGAUAUUCCGAGAUGAUGGACAUAGUUUGACAUGUUGAGAAUGGAAUACUUAGAUUUGGUCAUAAUCAUAACCAAAUGUUGACUGUCAAUUUUAUAAAUCUGAAGACAUAUUUGGCAUCCUAAGCUGCAAAUAAAUGUAUGAUAUUUGCAUAUACAUGUACUGCCAUCAUGAGAUAGUCAUUUCAGUGCAGCCCAGGUCAUGAUUAUAACUGCCUAUUUGACCAGAUCUGUUUCUCAUUUUCAUUUGACCAUUUGUUGAAAUGGCUAGUAGGACAAGUGAAAUAUUUUCAUUUAAGACUGAAAGAGUUUGUGUUUUAAGUGCUCACCUCAUUGUCAAAGUGACUGAGAAAUCUGUUGUCAUCACACCAGCAGGCUUGUUCAUAAGAUCUUCAUGAUCACAAAGAAGUACUUCUGAUCAUUAUCUCAACCAUGUCCAUGUUUAGUGACCUAAGGUCAAGGUCACUAUUAUUCAAGGUCAAGUAAACAUGCAUAUUUUAGUGCAGUCGAUUUUCGGCACACAUCUCUCAUCUUGUUAAUUAAGUUAUUAGCAGGAUGGUGCAUGUAUGUAUUGGAUCCUCCACAUUGUAUGUAAUACAAAAUAAUAUCAAAACUUUUAUUAAAUUCUAUCAUAAUUUGAUGUAUUUUUUUUUGGCACAAGAUCAGCUAUAAAACAGUCUGCUAAAAUGUGCAUGUUUACAUCAUUAACUGUUUAUAUUAUUUCCAUUGAUUACUUUGAAUUCCCCUCAUUCACCAUAAUUAUUGUUCUUUUUAUUUGUGUGAUAUUGUUUAAUAUAGUGAUAGUAUGACACUUAGAUAAUAUAGAUGUAGGUUCAAAGUCACAACAAAAUUUUAAUCUUGUUUUACAAAUCAAAAUGAAAACACUGCCUUCGAAUGAAAUGGAAAAAAAAAAUAUCAAACUUUCAAAUGAUGACUCAUGACUGGAAGAAUAUGUCCACUCUAAGCCAUUGAUCUCUUGGUUACAUGAAUUUAGUUAAGUAAUUCUGGACAUUGUGAAUGUCAAUAUUAAGUAUUUGGCAGCUGAGGAGUGUGCUGCUCCCUAAUCUCAUUGACAGUGUUCAGGAGGAUUCAUCUGUGAUGUGGCUUUGCUUAAGCUUGGUUGCACAAUUAUGUAUCUCGCAUAGGAACUUUCAUUUCAUGUACUAAGAUGUAUUUAUAAUAUUUUUGUAUUUUGCAAUGGAGGUAACUGUAACAAAUGUGUAUUUUGCGAUGGAGGAAAAUGUAACAAAUAUAUGGGUAUACAUCAGUGUAUAAACAAUGAAUGAUUAUUAGAUAAUAUAUAACUCAACUAACAUUAAUAUGCCAAACACAAUAUUAAUAAUAUUUAAUGUUUUUUUCUAUUGGACAAAAAGUUUUAUUUUACAAAUUAGAUAUUUUUACAAAGGUAACAUAGCAUUUAUGACUUAAAAUUGCCUGCUUAGCACUAAGAUCUUGAGUAGUAAGGGAAGCAGAAGCAAACCUUUUGUUUUUGUUUUUUUCACAAGUGAAGGAAAAUAUAUCCUGAACUAUUUCGAGACUCGCCAAAUAUGACCUGAAUAGUACAAUUUACAUGUAUGCAGUCAUGUAUAUUUAUCUUCAUUGAUUAGGUUUAAGUUUUGGAUACAGGAAGUUGUGUAAAAUGUUGGCCUUAGGUACACAAUUGUUUUUACAUAUAUAUAUGUAUGACAUGUAUAUUUGUAUUUGUUAGUAGUGCUGAUAUUGUUCAGCUUCUGGUAAUAAUUAUCGUGUAGUACAAAGUUCAUAUGUAAAUAUACACAGGACAUUAGAUGUACUAGAUGGACAACAUUGUGUGCUGUAAGAAUUCCAGUAAGACUAUAUAAUGGUACUGUUUAUAUGGUUAACAUGUGUUAAUAUGUACCUUGUUUAUGAAUCAAAGAAUGAAAGAACUGUGUAAGAGUAUUUACAUGUGUGAUUGGUCACUUCUGUGUCGGAAGUUGUGUCAUUAAAUGGUGCUUGAAGCAUUUCAGUAUAA